ACGUCAGCCCCUGGGCUUCUCCAAACCCGCCGAGCCUCCCCGGCCUCACUCUGCGGCUGCCGACCAUGGCUCUGAGCGGGGCGGCGGGGAGCCUGCUCGGUUGGGGGCUCUUGUUCUGGGGCGCCACAGUUGGGGCCAGCAAGGUGGAGGUCUCCAUGCUGGAGACAGUGGAGGUGGAGUUGGGCCAGACGGCCAGGAUUCCAUGCAACUUCUCCAUCCCGGCGGAGAGCAACUACGCCUACAUCAACUGGUUCUAUAUCCACAAAAACAACCGGACAAAGAUCUACUACAUGGUCCGCGACCAGGCCUUUGAGCCGGACCGCGAGUACAAGGGCCGGGUGGCCAUGGAGAACGACUUUACCUUCACCAUCAGCAGGGUGACCCUGCAGGACGCCAGGACCUUCGUGUGCCAGGUCGGGGCGGGCAGCUUAGGGGUGGGCGAGAACCGGACCAAGCUCCACAUUUACAAAACCCCGGAGCCUCCUGAGAUUCAGGUGAACGACGCAGGCAUCCCAGUGACGAGUAAGGAGAUCCCAAAGAUCGCAGAGUGCAUCAGCAAGAACGGCUUUCCGGCCCCCAACAUCACAUGGUACAAGAACGGGAGCCCCCUGUGGCAGGACGACACACAAGUCAGCAUCCUCUCCACCCUCACCAAGGAGUCCAGCGGGCUGUACACGGUGAGAAGCAUCCUCUUCGCCCACGUGAGCCGCGAGGACCGCCAGUCCCGCUUCCACUGCGAGGUCAGCUACCGCCUGCUGGGGGCCGACCAGACUGCCACGUCCGAGAAGGUCAACCUCACCGUGUUCUAUUCCACGGAGAACCUGACCCUGGUGAUACACUCUCCCCAGCCGCAGGUGCGGGAAGGGGACGAGGUGACGCUGCACUGCGAGGGGGACGGGAACCCCCCGCCCGAGUACAACCUGCUGAAAGUGCAGGAGGGUGCCCAGCCUGAGGAGAAAGAACUAACCGCCAGCAAUGGGGUGCUGACCCUGCGGAAGGUCAAGAAGGAGGACAGCGGCCGGUACCUGUGCCGGACUUUCGACCUCGACUCCAUGAUGAACCUGGAAGCCACGGUGAACCUGUCUGUGAAUUACCUCGAAGGGCUCAAGAUAACCCCCGAGGGGCCCAUCCAGCUGCAGCAGGGAGACGUCUUAGCCCUGACCUGUGACGCCAGAGGCUCCAGGCCCUUGGAGUUCCGAUGGAAGAAGGAAAAGAAGGGGAAACUGCUGGGGCCAGGAAAGCAACUGAAACUGAGCAACGUCACCCUCGAAUCUUCGGGCAACUACAGCUGCGAGGUGGCUGUGACGGGGGUGCCAGGCCUCUCCCGCUCCAAGCAAGUGUACGUCGCUGUUCACGCAAAGCCGCAGAUCAGUUCCAAGGAUUCCCUGGUGCCCGUGCAACCGAACGAGCUGGUGACUCUGAUGUGCAAAGCUGCUGCCUUCCCUGAGCCCAAGAUCACGUGGAGCAUCAAUGGAAAGGUCCAAAACCACACAGACCGUCACCGCGUCAUCAGCAACUUGACCGUCCAGGUCACCCCAGACCUGCUGCAGUCAGGAGUCACCUGCACAGCCACUAACGAGCUUGGCAAUAGCAGUCAUCACAUUACGCUGAAGCGGAGAACAACGACGACGUCUCCUCCUAUUGGCAACACUACUGCGGAACCCAUCAAGAAAGAGCAAAAGACCCAGGAGAGCAAGGGCGUGAUCAUCGUGGCGGUCAUCGUGUGCAUCCUAGUGAUUGCCGUGCUCGGCGCCGUGCUCUACUUCCUGCACAAGAAAGGCAAGAUCCCCUGCAAUCGCACCGGGAAGCAGGACAUCACCAGGCCAGAUGCCCGUAAAGACGAGAUUGUAGUUGAAGUUAAGUCAGAUAAACUUCCCGAAGAGGCGGGGCUUCUGCAGGGUGCCAACGGCGAGAAGAGACCUGCAGGUGACCAGGCAGAGAAAUACAUCGAUCUGAGGAACUAGAGUGAGGGACCCGCCGUGUGUUUUUUUCCUUCAAACCUUUCCUGUUCCUGGAUCGCCACCUCCCAACCCUGCUCCAGCUCCCCGGGAGCAUGGCCAGAGACCUUGAAAUCAAUCCAGCGCUGAGGCUGCCCUGGC